AUGGGCUGCUGCUUCUCCCGUUCCGCGGGCCCCAACUCGCCGUAUCCCGGAGGCGCCCCCGAUGCCUCCUCGCGCGCCGGCAACCCGCCGCCGCUGAGCCUGCCCGAGGGCAUCCUCUCCAGCGGCCCGCCGGCUUCUACGCUGGGCCAUCGCCAUCGCCGCCGCGACCCGCGCCCUCUGGACCAGCACAUCAACCGGCCGCUGCGCCGCCACCAGUGGACGUCGGCGCAGACGUGGACCCGCCGCGACAUCGACAAGGAGCGCGCCGAGUUCUUCGACACGAGGGUCGUCUGCCGGCCUGAGAUCUGGCAGACGCUGCACGCCGCGCUGCAGGUCCUGUGGGAGUCGGGCCCGGGCGCUGAAGACGGCGCGCACGACGACGCCCUGGCCACGGCGCAGUCCAUCCUCACGGCCGCCGAGAUCUCGCUGCCGACCGGCGACCUUGCCCAAGGUGCUUACGAUGCCCUGGGCAACUUGUAUGCGCUGCCCGAAUGGGUCGUCUCCGACCCGGAGAACCUCGUCGACGGAGACAUUGACCCGGAUGCCAAGGGCGACACCACCGCCGGCGAAGAGACUGCUGGCGAGGAUGACGACGACGACGAAGACUCGGAGAGGAGGCGCGAGGAGAAGGGAAAGGGCGUGCUCGGCGAGGUGGAGAUGGUGCCCCUGUGCGCGCGCCUGAGCGAGACAGGCGUGGACGUCAAGGUCUCCGUGGCCAAGAAGGACAAUGUACGGAGUGUCAUCAGGAAGAUUACAGAGUCAUCAUCACUUCCGGCCGACAAGAAGAUUCGUCUGGCCUACAUGGGCAAGAUGCUCAAGGAGAGCCAUUCUCUCGAGGCCCAAGGUUGGCACGCCGGCCACGUCAUCAAUGCUCUGGUGUUUAACCGAUGA